GUCCUAAAUUGCCCGUCGCACCGCACUGGACCCCAAGCAAUUCGAAGUCGUUUCAUUCCAUUCAAGAUCCAUCGACCUCGAGAUCCACACUGUCAUUAUGGCACAACAGCCGCAGGGCUUGUCCCGAACUCUACCCAAGAGCUUCACAUUCCCCUCCAUUCCCAGAACCCCGGAACACUGUCAUGCCGAACCAGAGGUCCCGCCACCACCUCACCAUUCGAGCUAUCGAAUCCGACGUCCACGCUUCGGCAGUGAGGCAAACGUCUUCGCGAGCAUAGGUGACGGCCCUAAUAUCUUCGAUCUCAGCCGGCCCGACGUUCCUCUUCCUUCCAUCGAAUUUCCUUCCUCAGACGCUGUGUCAGAGCCUGAACUUCCCGCUCUGGAGUCAGUAGCAUCGGAUCUUUUGCAGGUUCCUGCGCUUCGCCGCAUGGAAUUCAAAACGCCCCCCGCGCAAAUCCGUACCACUCCAUAUAACUUCCCCCGGGUGACUCCUGAAAGGCUAGACAAUGCGGAGGACGACCCAAUUGAACGUCCGUCCUCUCGGGCGUCUGACUCUUCCGUCUCCUCAAAUGAAACAUAUGUGACUCAACCAUCGCUCGGUGGCAGUUGCACUAGCCCAGAAAGCGAGAUCUAUGAUCCCUUUGGAUUCCACCCAGAAGAUACGAGAAAAUAUCUCCUAGAAACCCCGUCAAGCCGAGUCUCGAAACGUGGCCAGUCAUUAGACGUACCAAAAGAUAAAUCACGAUGGACCAAGGAGAUGGACAAUCACCUGUGGAAUACUUAUCAAAUAUACUUGCAGGAUCCAACAAUCACCCCAUUUAAAAUGCUGCCAGGAAGUCUUCCGCCUCUAGGUGUAUCUCAUCGAGUUGCUCGUGAAGCAAAGAAAACCUGGAAUCGUCUCAAAGCAAAGCCAGACACAAAAACUGCCCAAGAUAACGAAGCAGUUCCGUCGAAUAUUAGACGAGAUAAUCUACAAGCCGAGACGAGAAGCGGUAGUAGUACUCCAACUGGUGCCAAGUCGACAAGUGUCAAGCCCCGUUGGCCAAGGUCCGAAGCAACGACUAGGCGACGUCUCAAAUUUCUCUGCAGACGCAAGUUCUCCAUUGCGCCACACUAUCAACGUUUGCUGGCAUCUCGCAGUCCAUCCGUGGAUCCCUUUGUUGCACCCGCCCAAGAAACCCCAGGACAAGGUCCCACUUCCAAUACAUCAACUGCUUUCGGAACUCGCGACCUCGGUGUAUCUCUUGUUUCCAGCUCCUUGCCUGCCACAUUCACUCAAAUGGCCACUGCAAGCCCAACUUCGAUGGAACUCUCCAGCUCCGAUAACUGGUUCAACGAUCCUCAGAGCCAACCGCUCCAGCCGCCAAGUAUCCAAGUUUCAGCAGCUCCGGCUGUUUCUGCUGUGGCUGAGCCAUUCCCUCGUCUAGGAUCACCAUUUAUGUACAAUACUUGGGGUCCCGAUACAUCUCACCGCGAACUUCGCACCCCAGCCCGAAAGAUCAGACGAGACACCGUACACGUUUCCGGAUCGCGUUUAAGAUCACCACCCCGGAUGGACUUGGGAUCCAAUGUCCACAAGCGCCGAGCACAUAACCGACUAGAUGCAAGCCCGGCUUCGAGUGAUAUUCAACGCAACAUUCGUGAUCUAGCACGUGAUGGAAAAUUGAAAGAUGGUCAGCGACGUGUGCGACUGCGCAAUCGCGGUAACACUACAUCUGGUGGCUUCAGCUCGAAAGAGCGCAUCGAACAACUAUUCUCUCCAACUUCACCCUUCACCUUCCCUGGAAAUUCCCGGAAUCAGCAAAUCGAGUCUCAAGACAAUUCACAGGAACUGCUUCGGCCCCGUAGUGACACCGUGCGGCGACUAGGGUCGCCAUUUAAGCUGGACGAGAAACCCCGUUUCCAUUACCCCAAGUCACCUCGCCAUGCUCCGUCGCUCUCUGAUUCAUUUACCACAAGCUCUAUGAAUACGGAGAUCUCGACUAAUUUUGGCGGCGAAGCAUUUUUUGCUAAAGACGAAACUUCUUCUGUAAGGCUACCUUACGAUCCAACUGAGGAGGGAAUUUCAGAUGCCGAGCGAAUUCGCCGGCAAAUCUUGAAUUUGCCUUUUACGAAGAAUUAAAAUGCACCACCCAAAUGGCUCCUGCAGUGGUAUACUAGUUUUUAAGUGUCCAAAUCUGCUUGGGUCUUAUUAUUCUUCGUCGUUUUGCUUCAAUGUAUAGAAUUUUUUUGCAAUGCAUCAUGAUAGCUUCGGACAUGGAACAGAACGAAGCGCGACUCAUUGACGAC